CUACACAGCCAGACCCCAUCUCAAAAAACACACACACAGGCCAGGAAUUUAGCUCAGUGGUUCCAGCGCUUCCCUCAAAAGUGCAAGGUCCCAAGUUCGAUCCCUGGUACCAAACAAAUAAACACACACGCACACACAAACACACACACAGAUGCAACAGCGCUGUUUGUAUACUUGGGCAAUGAAUUUGGGGCUAAAAAACGCUGCAAAGCAUGUCUUUACUAAGCCCAUCCUCUCAAGCCCUUCCUCCCUCCCUUCCUUCCUUCCACAUUUAUCAGACUGUCGCUGUGUAUGUCUCAGGCCAUUUUUUGUUGUUAUAGCUAAAUUCCUGAAAAACGGGCCAGGGAUUUAGCUCAGUGGCACUGGCACCUGCCUUGCAAGCACAAGGUCCUGAGUUUGAUCCCUGGUACUAGAAAAGAAAGAAAGGAAGGAAGAAAAGAAAGAAAGAGAGAGAGAAAGAGAAGGAGAGAUAUGUUUGGAUCCUGGGUGCAGUGGCUGGGAAGCUGGAGGGCACAGUGCCAGCCGCUGGUGAGGCCUCCCUGGUGGCCUCUGUGUUCAGACAGCCAGUGUCCUCACUCAAGUGCCCUCCUGCGCUGCCCUCCUGACCUCCUCUGACCCUCAUAGCUCCCAAGGGCCUCAGCCUCCAAAGGCCAUCAACAUACAACUUUAGCCAAGCACAGUGGCUCAUGCCUGUAGCUCCAGCUCUCCGGAGGCUGAGACAGGAAGACUGCCAUGAGUCUGAGGCCAGCCUGGGCUACAUAGUGAGUUCAAGGUCAGUCUGAACUACAUAGUGAGAUCCUGCCUUAAAAUGAACAAACAAACAAACAAAAUAAUGGGACCAGACAAGGACUGUCUCAGCGCAAUGGCUGGGCUCCAGGUCUCUUGGGGGUGACGUCUGUGUGCCGCGGCACACGGGAAUGGCUGGGCGGGCUGCAAGUGGGCAGGGGCCCCUUGCCUCCCUCAGGCGCUUGAGGGCCGCUUUCUGGGGUGGUGAGAGUCCAGGGAGACUGUGUCCCUGAGCCUGGGGUGCUGGAGGAGGUCUGGGCUGACCCCUAGUGGGGGCAGGGAGAGCCCAGCCUGGGAGUCCGACCUGGUCUAGGCUCCGGAGGGGUGGCCCACCGCCCCUCCCUGCCCCGGGCACCAGAAAGCCUCCCGCAGGGCCACUUCCCACCUCCACACCCAGGUGUUCUAGCGGCUCCGGCCCCAGAAAAACCCACUGCCUUCCUUGGCCUGGUGCAUGUCCUGCCUGGAGCACUACCCAGACCAGUCCGCAGGGGUAGCCACCCCACCUCCCGCUCCGCCCUCUGUCCAGGAGGUCGUGGGAAGCAUCUGCAUGGGGAAGAGUGGAACCCCACCUGUCCCCUCCCCGCCCUCGGGAGCAAGAGGUGAAAGGGUUGCAGCCCAGGUAGUUUUAGUGGGGGUGGGGAGGGAAUGUCGGGCGCCUGAAGGCUAAGGGGCCUCUGCAGACCGCAGGCAUGUUCCUACCUGCCCUUCCCAGCCACCUGCGGAAGCUGGCAGACAGUAAGGGGCAGGGUGCUCCUGGCACAAGGGCCUCCGGCUAAACCGCUCGGUGCACAGUGUCGAGUGGCUCGGCUUGGGGGGAGGGAGCAGCAGCCUGCUCUGCCCAUCCCCUUAGAAACUCCAGCUUCAGAAUCAGCACCCCACCUCCCAGGAGGGCCACCGGGCCGAAGCUGAGGCAAUACCGGCACGGAGAGGACAGAGCCACCAGGGCAGCUCCCUUUGUGGAUAACUGGAAGCCAAGCCCAGCAAGCCUAAGUGGUGGCGGGUGCCCUGGUGGGGUGGGGUCUCCAUGCCAGCGGAGGACCCCUGGAUUGGGCGGGGCAGCAGCCGCUAGGGGGCUGCAGGCCCCUCCUCUUCCCAGAUGGACCCCAGCAGGCUGGGACCCAGUGCGCAAGACCUGGCCGAGGCGCAGCUGGAGCUGCGGUGGGUGGAGCUGGGCUCAGAGGCCCCUGGAGCCAGGGGAGAGAGGCCCAGCGCUCCCCAGGCCUGGAGCCGCCUGCUCCAGGCGGUGUGUUGCGGUUCCCCAGGCCUGGUAAUGCAGCUGCUGCGGAAAGGCGCCAGCAUAGAGGAGAGGGACGGCAUGGGCCGCACCCCGCUGCACCUGGCGGUGCUGCGCGGCCACGCACCCCUCGUGCACCUGUUGCUGCGACGCGGGGCGCAGUCGGACGCGGCGGACGGCGCGGGGCGCACGCCGCUGCAUGAGGCCGCCUGGCACGGGCACUCGCGCGUGGCCGAGCUGCUGCUGCGGCGCGGGGCCCCGGCGGGCGCGGCGGACGUCGCGGGGCUGGCACCACUGCACUGGGCCUGCGCGCUAGGCCGCACGCCACUCGCGGGUCUCCUGCUGGCCGCGCCGGGCCCUAGCCCCGACCAGAUGGGGGAUGCUCACGGCUGGACGGCAGCGCACUGGGCUGCGGUGGGCGCGCGGCUGCCGGCGCUCGAGCUGCUGGCGGCGCGCGACGGCGCGGACCUGGAUGGCGCCCUGCUGGUGGCGGCCGAGGCCGGGCGCUCGGAGGCGCUGCGCCUCCUGCUGGCGCUCGGGGCGCGGGCAGACGGCGCAGACCGCGCGGGGACUUCGGCGCUCGGGCUGGCAGCGGGCCUGGGCCGCCUGGAGGUCAUGGAGGUGCUGCUGGCCCACGGGGCCGACCCGGGAGUCCGGGAUAGGCACGGCCGCUCCGCGCUCCACAGAGCUGCGGCUGGGGGACACCUGCCCGCCGUCCAGCUGUUGGUGGCCUGGGGAGCCGCGGUGGACGCGCAGGACUCUCUGGGCCUCACGCCCCUGCACCGCGCAGCGCGGGCCGGGCGCGCUGAGAUCGCUGGCCACCUCCUGGACAGCGGUGCGCAGGUCAACGCUGCCGGCUGGCUCCACAAGACCCCGCUGCACCUCGCCACAGAGCACAACCAGAGAGCCACAGUGGAGCUCUUGCUGAGCCGAGGGGCCAGCCCCACCCUGAGGACGCAGUGGGGUGAAGUGGCCCAGACGUCCACUGGGGGCCCGCCCCAGGAGCUGCCUGGCCCCUGGCCGCCUCUGGAGGAGGCUGAGCCUCUGCACCCGUAGCAGCACUGAAGGCUGCUGGCUUUUGUCUCCAGGGCCGAGAGCACCUGCUUGGGGUGGGCGAUCUGCAGAGAAGUCCCCGGAGGUUGGCGUCAUGGGGCUGUGGCUGGACCUGGGGUGACCCCUCAGCUCCCGGGAACACCCAUAACCCUCAGUGCCAGCCUUCUCCCCUGCAGCUGUGACCAAAACCGGAUGGCUUCCUUUGUCUACUCCCUGUGGGGCACCCUAACCCCUCCCGCUCACCACACAUGGGGCACCCUGUUUUCUUAGACUCCUCGUCUCUCUGUUUGGCUUCCAUUAAGCACAUUGGAUCUCCCCUCCACCCAGAGCCCCUGCUCCCGGGGCCUCCUGCUGUAACUCCUUCAGGCCAAGCUGGGAAUGGGCAGCAGGUGCCCUGGGACCCCCAGACCGCCAUUGUGUGCACCCUCCCUGCUGUGCCAGGGGGACCUGAGAAGGGCUUCCUCAUGCUUUCUGUGCCUCCUGAUCAAGGCCUGGUGCUUUUCUGUGUGGCAAAGCCCAGUGCCAGGGUGUGUGGUGUGGCCAGCUCCCACCUCGCAGGAAAUGUAAUUACAAACUUCAAUAGCUUCUCCUUA